UCAGAAUUUGUCGGAAACGAUUACAGAUUUUUUGGUGUUGUCAUAUGAAGAAUUCUUCAACUCAAGAAAUGUUACGCUGGUAUUGAUAUUAACAAAUUUUUCUUCAAAGGAGAGGAUGAAGGUUUGGAACGAAAUUUUAUUUUUGACGACAUUCUUUGUUUAUAUUGAUGGGGCGAAUAUUUUGGCUAUUUUUCCUGUUCCGGUUAAAAGCCAUUUUGUGAUGACCAAGACCAUAUUGAAAUCACUAGCUGAGAAAGGCCAUCAUAUAGAUUUAUAUACUAUUUUUUCAGAAGAAGAAAGAAUACCAAGGAUAAAGCACAAUCAAAUCCCAAAUAUACAUUUAUUGGAUUCACCCUUGUCAGUCACGGAUCUUCGAGCUUAUUCAGUUCGUGCAAUGAUUGAUUUGAUGUUUUUGGAGGAAGGUGGUGGUCAUUUUAUUUGUGAAAAAAGUUUUGAAACUGAUGUUAUGAAGAACCUAAAGCAAUCCAAAAAACAUUACGACCUCAUACUUCUCGAGAUAUUUGUGGAUGAUUGCUUUUUCGGCUUUUCUCACAUCUUCAAUGCACCAGUGGUAGCGCUGACUUCAAGCAUAGAUCUGCCUUGGGGAUCACAUCGUAUAGGAAAUCCCGACAACCCUUCCUAUAUUCCAACUUAUUUCGGAGAAUUUGGUCAAGAUAUGACUCUGUAUGAGAAAAUUUUGAACACCUUAACAUUAGUCUAUGCUAAAUAUAGGCAUAAAAUGCACAUGGAAUAUCAAAACAAAUUGGCUCAAAAAUUCUUCGGAAAAGAUUUACCCCCUCUAGAUGAAAUUGUAUCGAAUACAAGCUUGAUGUUAGUGAACAGUCAUUUCAGUCUUAAUGAUCCCAGGCCAACUGUUCCCAAUUUUGUUGAAAUUGCAGGAAUCCAUAUAAAGGAACCAAAACAACUUCCAAAAGAUCUAUCAGAUGUAGUAGGAAGCGAAAAAUUCGUAUACUUCUCAUUUGGUUCCAUAGUUGGAUCAGAAUCAUUACCAUUAGAUAAACUUCAAAACAUCCUUGAUGCUCUCGAAAAGCAAAAUAUAAAAGUUCUAUGGAAAGCAAACAAAACUUCGAUUCCCGGAGAUUUGAUUGUAUCAAAACAUGUUCAUGUGGAACCAUGGAUGCCACAAGUGGAUAUACUAUGUCAACCCAAUAUUCUAUUCUUUAUAACUCAUAGCGGGUUAAUGGGUACCCAAGAAGCAAUUUUCUGUGGAGUUCCAAUGCUCAGUGUACCUUUGUUUGCAGACCAAUUUUUGAAUGCCAGAAAUAUUGAAAAUAAAGGUAUUGGAUUAACUCUCAAUAUUGAAAGCACGACAAAAAAAGAAAUUUAUGAAAUAAUUGAGGACUUAAUCAGAAACCCUAAAUACAAAGAAAACUCAAGAAAGUUAUCCGAACAAUUUAAAGAUAGACCCUUGAAGCCACGAGAAGAAGCAAUUUAUUGGAUUGAAUACGUUUUGAGACACAAAGGAGCACCACAGUUGAGAAGCCGAUCUGCUGAUAUGUCGUGGUAUCAAUACUACUUAGUUGAUAUUUCAGUAAUUAUUGUAACAGUAUUGAUAUCUAUUGCAUUUGUUUUAUAUAACUUACUUAGGUAUAUUUUGACCCACUUGCCAAAUAGAAUAAGAAAUAAAGUGAAAAACCAGUAAUUCAUGAAAUCACAUGCCUUCAUGAAAAUUAAGAAAAAUAAAACGAAAUACCUGUAAAUAGUAAAAUAUUGAAAUUUGCUAAAAAGCAAAAAAUUAUAAUUUAAAAAAAUUAAA